CUUUUCCUUCCCCUCCCCCCGGAACGCACAGGUAGACCGCCCCACGCUUCCUUCCUCGUCCUCAGACCUAGGGCAGAACUGUGGGCCACCAACACAACUGGGCCUUCACUGAGUCUGCUGCUGGUUGCAACUUCCUUCAGCAUCCGGAGCCAGCCUAGAAACGGCCUGCAGCUCCUAGACCGACGCGACUUGUGAGAGGCGACGCCUGCGCAGUGUGGCUGUAAGGCGGGAGCUGUCUUCGGAGCCGCCCACCAGGCCAGCGGCGCGAUGGCGGAGGAGGUGAGCAGCCUGAUGAAGGCCACGGUCCUGAUGCGGCAGCCCGGACGGGUGCAGGAAAUCGUGAGCGCCCUUCGCAGGGGCGGAGGAGACCGCCUGCAGGUGAUUUCUGAUUUUGACAUGACCUUGAGCAGAUUUGCUUACAAUGGACAGCGAUGCCCCUCUUCCCACAAUAUUCUGGAUAACAGCAAAAUUAUCAGUGAGGAUUGUCGCAAAGAGCUCACCGAGCUCUUUCACCACUAUUAUCCCAUUGAGAUCGACCCACACCGGACCAUCAAAGAGAAGCUGCCUCACAUGGUGCAGUGGUGGAGCAAAGCCCACAGCCUCCUGUGCCAGCAGAGGAUACAGAAGUUCCAGAUAGCUCAGGUGGUCGGCGAGUCCACUGCGAUGCUCAGGGAGGGCUAUAAGAUGUUCUUCGACACACUCUACCAUAACAACAUUCCUCUUUUCAUCUUCUCUGCGGGCAUUGGUGAUAUCCUGGAAGAAAUUAUCCGACAGAUGAAGGUGUUCCACCCCAACAUCCACAUUGUGUCCAACUACAUGGAUUUCAGUGAGGAUGGUUUCCUGAAAGGAUUCAAGGGCCAGCUCAUCCACACCUACAACAAGAACAGCUCCGUGUGUGAGAACUCCAGUUACUUCCAGCAACUGCGGAACAAAACCAACAUCAUCCUGCUUGGAGACUCCAUAGGGGACCUCACUAUGGCGGAUGGGGUCCCUGGAGUACAGAACAUUCUGAAGAUCGGCUUCCUGAAUGACAAGGUAGGCAGCGGCUGGGCCUUCCCCUCUGGCUCCUGCACAGAUUCCCUUCCACAGGAGAGUGCCUUUCAUGUGCUAGAUAUUGCGGCAAGUAUUGGGGACAGGGAGGAGGGGAGUAAGUCAUGUUCUUCAUCUCGCGUGCAUGUGCUCUCUCUCCUUCUCUCCCUCCCCUUCCCGCCCCCUUCUCUCUCCCUCUCUCCCUCUCUCCCUUCCCCCCGCCUCACUCUCAGGAGUGGGUGUUGGUGGUAAAACAGAAAUUCAUGUAUCCCAGGCUGGCCUCAAACUAUGUAACUGAGGCUGACCUUGAACUUCCAACCAUCUCACCUCAAUCUCCCAAAUGGCUGGGACUAUGAAUAUACAGUCACUCUCAAUCUAUCUUCUCUCUUUGGGUGGACUCCUCCCUCUGUCUCUGUCUCUGUCUCUGUGUGUGUGUGUGUGUGUGUGUGUGUGUGUGUGUGUGUGUGCGCACUUUGCUGGAGAAGGAACACAGAACACAGAACUGGUAGGGCCAGGUAAGUGCACCGUUGUCAUUCAGUUAAGUCCCAAAGCCUUAGCACACUGCUGGGCGCUUUUCACCAUUGCCUGGCUCAGGGCUUGAUAGAAAAGGCUCACUCCAGCCCACCACCCUAGCAUACAUGUGUGACUGCGCUCCACGUCUGUCAGGCUCCAUUCCAGUCACACAAAUGCUGCUAACCCAUUUAACCCUCACCACAACGCUUUGUGUAAUGAAUGACCCCUUGGGUUUUCAGGGGAACAGUUUGUUUUGUUUUGUUUUGUUUUGUUUUGUUUUGUUUUUUCCAAGACAGGGUUUCUCUGUGUAACCCUGGCUGUCCUGGAACUUAUUCUGUAGUCCAGUCUGGCCUCAAACUCACUUCCUACCUAUGCCUUCUGAGUGCCGGGAUUAAAGGCGUAUUCAGCUUUGUUUCCAGUCUGACUCAUACCUUGAAGACUUGGCUGAGGUGGGAGAUGUCAGGGUUGAGAGUAUCAUUCUAUAAAAGGAAACAAAAGCACAGCCAAGACUAGCAGGGAAGGACAGAGUAGUCCAGGCCAGGAGGGCUCAGAAGAGGUGUCCUUCAGGGUGGACCCAGCCAGCAGAAACUGGAGCCCAGAGGAUGUCAGAGUCAGAGGAAAAUGCCAUGUGACCCCUUGACCCCUGGGCAUUAGUUCUUGUUACUGUCUGUCAGACAAGUGUUCGUCAUGGCCACCAAGGCCCCUCAUUUGCCUGCCUGGUUCCUGUAAGCUUGAACUCCUCAGGUUUUCAUCACAAGAGAGCUGGGGAGUGGUACUUGCAGGCCUCUUUCCCAGGCCCAGAGUAUGACGUGCAAAGGGGCAUUUGGGGGACGCAGAUGUGCUUCCCCGACAGGUGGAGGAGCGGCGAGAACGUUACAUGGACUCCUAUGACAUUGUGUUGGAGAAGGACGAGACGCUGGACGUGGUCAAUGGGCUGCUGCAGCACAUCCUGCGCCAGGGGGACUGUGUGGAGCUACAGGGCUCCUAAGGCUCAGGCCGGGCCCUUCCUCAGCCAGGAGGAGGAGUCCACGCCCACAAAGCCUCCCCUGUCAGCACCGAGAGAAGCCCAGGGCAGACAAACGCUGCUGGGCCCUUCUACACUCUCUGACUCCUUCUCCAUGCCUCUGCCUUCCUCUUGCUCGGAAGCAGCUUGAGGGAGGCCUUGCCUGCGGUAAGGCAGCAAGCGUGCAUCCAAGUAAACCAUGGACUACAGUGUGAGCCUUCUACAGAUCAUCUGGUUCAAAGGUUCUCUCUAAGAAAGUUUUCAGAGCUGGGAAUGCAGAUGGCUCAAUGGUGAAGUCGCUGCCUAGCAUGUGGAGGGCCCUGGGUUCCUUCCCCAGCACUGUACAGAGAGAAAGAGAAACUGUAUGUCAGACAAAUAUAAUGUGUGAAUCAGAUGAAAAUUAAAAAAACAUGCUGGGCGGUG